ACUGACAAAAAAUUGGAGAACAAAAGUGUUUAACUAAAGAAGAACCAAUGAAAUUAUAAUAAUAGUAAUAAACAUAGCAAAUAAACAAGUUUGUUGGCUGUUUGGCAAUCCUGCUGCUAUAGCAUGACUUUGUAAAACGGCGCACAUGUAGUUUAUGUCUAAGGAAAUCAGUUUUACGACUUCAAAGUGCGUCGAAUGCCAGUUGCAACAUGCAGGCUGCUCAGGAGCCCGAGUCAAGCAGCAACAGCAACGGCAAGCUGGCAAACGCAACGCAACUGGAUGCCUUGGAGGGCAACGCCAAAGUGUGCACCAUUUGCGGCAGUAGCAAGUCCUCGUCAUCCGCCCUGCUGGACCUGACGGCCAACAGUGUGAUGCAGCGACGUCUAAGCCGCGAUUGGAAGCUGUCGGCAGACAUAGUCAAGACAACACUGCGAGCCAUAUGCGUCGAGUGCGUCUGCAAGCUGAACAUGCACUCGGAGGUAACACGCACGCUGAUGCAGCGGCUGCAGCGCCUGACCGUCACGGCGAAAUCACAGGCUGAAACGCCGGUGGAGCGUAGGCAAUGUGACAGUCCGCCCAUUGCCGAUGCUGAGGUAUCUACGACAGGGGUGCCCUUGGCACAGGAGGAGGAUGGCACCGGGACAGUUAGAUCCGUUUCGCCCACGUCCACUGCAUCGUCGUGCUCAGUGCUGCAGGCGUACUCAGCCCAACCACCAGAAUCUCCCUCCGCCACAGAGUCCGGUGGCCUGCGCAACAACAGCGGCAACGCUUUGGACGGCUGGAAGUGGCGCACACGGCGGGUGUGCCAGUAUUGUGAGCGCGUCUACUCUCGCAAGGAUCACUAUACGCUGCACGUGCGCCGUUGUUGGCGCCGCCAGACGCAGCGUCGUCCCAAGUGUCGAGUGCUCAAUGAAGCCGGCAACGAUGAGGAGGAUGACGAGAACGAUAAUGGGGAUCAGGCUCUGUCGCAAACGCCACGACACUCGCAUACUUUUCAAUGCCAGAGCUGUGAGAAGGAGUUCGCUGGCAGCGUGGCCCUGCGGCAACACCAGCGUAUCAGCCACCAGCAUCGCUGCAGCCUGUGCGAGGCGGAAUUCGGCACGAAAUACGAGUGGGAGCUGCACCAUACCAUAUGCAGUGCCAAGCAAGAGGCUUUGCAAAUGCAAGAAUCCCCCACACAGCCUCGAUCUACACGAUCGCGGUCGCGUGCCUGCUCGGUGGCCUGGUAUAAUGGUGAACUGGGCGAUGAGGAGACGGAUGAGGAUCAGCAGGACGACGAAGAUGCCACCUCCAUAGCGGACACGAUGUACACAAGGCGCAUGAACUUCACCGGCGAUUGGAUAGUUAACCACAGUCGCAGCAACAGCAACAGCGCCCUAAAUCUGACCAUGCUGUACGAUGAUUAUGUGCUGGAGGAGUCGCAUAUAACCACAGAUAAGGAGUAUGAUCUCUACUUGCUGGAUCUGCUUAAAAUGCAGGUGCAGCUGAAGGCCUUCUCGUGCUUUGUGCCCACCUGCUGCUAUCAAACGGACACGCUAGUUAAUCUAAUGAAGCACGACUACAUGCAGCACUGGAAGAUGAGCUGGUUUUAUUGCCACAAAUGCGGCGACGUUUUCACCAGCAAGGUCUUCCUCGACUAUCAUCUGCAUCGGCAAAACCGCGGCGUUUACAUAUGCCACAAGUGUCACGAUGAGUUUGAGUUCCAGCAUCAAUUGGAUCGCCAUCAGGUGCUGCACAGCAAGGGCAUCAAUUAUUACUGCAACUAUUGCCGCUUGGAGUUUCUUAGCGAGGCCAAGCUGUUGGCCCACUGCGAGCACGAGCGGCACAGCCCCAACGAUGAACCACCCCUCAUACGCAUCGAGCACGAGCUGUCCAUUAUCAAUCCCGUACACAAAGAACCAGACCGGGCACAGCAGUACACGGUGCGCGUGCUGAACAUACCGCACAUGCCGUGGAUAUCCAAUCGGCCCAGGCAUUUGCCAAAUCAUAAACCCUUCCGUUUUGCCAUUGGCAUUUGCGAGUUCGACAAUCGCAAUCCGCCCAAUUGUGUGGGCUGCCUGUAGAGUGCUGGUUCUAGGGUAUCUGCUCGUUGAGCAAAGUCAUCUUAUAGUCUCAUGUGUAUAAAACUAGUAUGAUUCAAUUUAUUUCUGUGCUAAGCAACCACUGCUAGCUAAAGUCUGAUGCAUAUCUCCUGGAUGUAAGACAUAUAAAUGUGUAUAUAUAUUUUUAUAUUCGAAUUGUAAAUGUUGUAAUAAAUAUGAGCUCACCAUUGUUAAACCCUUAACGUGCGGAAUU